AUGAUUACACAUAUGGAUAAAAUGUCAGCUCCUUCAUCAAGGGAGCGUGCCCAACGCCUCUAUGACAAGGUUAUUGAAUUGGAGAGUAGGCGUCGGAGGUCUGCUCAAGCUCGAAUUCCCUCAGAUCCCAAUGCCUGGCAACAGAUACGUGAGAAUUAUGAAGCAAUAAUUCUCGAGGAUCAUGCUUUUUCUGAGCAGCACAAUAUUGAGUAUUCUUUGUGGCAGCUGCAUUACAAGCGUAUUGAGGAAUUGAGAGCACACUUUAGUGCUGCUACGGCUUCUGCAAGUUCAAACUCAUCUCAGGCUGUGAAGGGCCCUGCUCGGCCUGAUCGGAUUACAAAAAUAAGAUUGCAGUUUAAAACAUUCCUUUCAGAGGCAACUGGAUUUUAUCAUGAUUUGAUAGUGAAGAUCAGAGCAAAGUAUGGGCUCCCUCUCGGGUAUUUCUCUGAGGAUUCGGAAAAUAAAAUUGUUAUGGACAAGGAUGGAAAGAAAUCUACUGAAAUGAAGAAAGGCCUGAUAUCGUGCCACCGAUGUUUGAUCUACUUGGGUGAUCUUGCACGCUACAAAGGAUUGUAUGGGGAGGGGGACUCCAAAACUCGUGAGUAUGCUGCAGCCUCAAGUUACUACUUGCAAGCUGCAUCUCUCUGGCCAUCAAGUGGGAAUCCCCAUCAUCAGCUUGCUAUUUUGGCAUCCUAUUCGGGGGAUGAGUUGGUGGCUGUUUAUCGAUAUUUUCGUAGCCUGGCGGUGGAUAGUCCCUUUUCAACUGCAAGGGAUAACUUGAUUGUUGCAUUUGAGAAGAAUCGUCAGAGUUACUCUCAGCUGCCUGGGAAUACUAAUGCUUCUGCAGUCAAAGAGUUGCCUGCACGAUUGACAGGCAAAGGUAGAGGGAAAGCGGAAGCAAUACCUGCAUCUAAAGAUAACAAUACAGAAGCGAGCCUUGUUAAGGAAAAAGCAUCCAGUACUCAGGAAACUUAUAAGGCUUUUUGCAUACGGUUUGUCCGUCUAAAUGGAAUUCUUUUCACACGUACUAGCCUGGAGACAUUUGUAGAAGUUCUCUCUGUGGUAAGCAGUGGUUUAUGUGAGCUCCUGUCUUCUGGAGCAGAGGAGUUGCAGAAUUUCAGUGCAGAUUCUGUUGAGAAUGGACUUUUCAUUGUUAGACUUGUCUCCAUAUUGAUAUUCACAGUUCACAAUGUGAAGAAGGAAAGUGAAGGUCAGACAUAUGCUGAAAUUGUACAACGUGCUGUCGUACUGCAGAAUGCAUUUACUGCUGUCUUUGAGUUGAUGGGGCACAUCUUAGAGAGAUGCGUCCAGUUGUGUGAUCCUUCUUCAAGUUUCCUGUUACCGGGCAUUCUGGUGUUUGUAGAAUGGUUAGCAUGUUGCCCGGAUGUUGCAGCUGGAAGCGAUGCAGAUGAAAAACAGACUAAAGUUAGAUCAAAGUUCUGGAUGGUUUGCAUCUCCUUCCUGAAUUGUAUCUCGUCAACAGGGCCGGUGUCCAUAGAUGAUGAUGAAGAUGAGACUUGCUUUAAUAAUAUGAGCAGAUAUGAAGAAGGGGAAACUGAGAACCGUCUUGCUUUGUGGGAGGAUUUUGAGUUGAGAGGAUUCAUUCCACUUCUUCCAGCACAAACUAUAUUGGACUUCUCAAGGAAGCAUUCUUUUGGAAGUGACGGCCACAAGGAAAAAGGGGCCCGUGUUAAACGGAUUGUGGCGGCAGGCAAGGCUCUUGCAAAUGUGAUUAAGGUUGACCAGAAGGCACCUCCAGUGCAAAAUGAUUUUGUUCCUACCUCCUAUAUGGGCAUGGCUACUGAAAAUGAUAAUCUGCAAGAAAAUCAAGCAGAGAAUACAAUGAAGUUGGGAGUUGCGCAUCCGAAGCCUGAGUUAACCACAGAAGGGGAUGAGGAAGAUGAAGUAAUAGUUUUUAAGCCAAUAGUGGCUGAGAAGCGGCCUGAUGUGGUAAACACUACUUGGGCAGCCUAUGAGGGCUUGGUGCCUGGUAAAAAUGCUUCUCCAGGUGAUCUUAAAGUUAAUGGCACUUUUGUCACUGCCCCUUUUGAUAAUCUUCGCCAUCAAACUGCUUUUAGUGCUGGUUCACAAAUACCUGUAUCUGUUGGUAAUGGUAUACCCCAACAUUUGCAAUCGAUUCAGUCACAUGCUUCCAAGCUGUCAAUGGAAGCUGGUUUUGGUGCUAGUUCACAACUACCUGUAUCAGUUGCUAAUGGUAUCCCCCAGAAUUUGCAACCAACUCAAUCACAUGCUUUGAAGUUGUCAACAGAGGAAGAAAUGUCUCUUGCUCACAGCUUAAAGAGUAUGGGAUUUAUGGGGAAUGGGUAUGUACUUGCAUCUGAGCCUGUGGCAGUUUCAGUUCCAUUCCAGCAGCCAGUGAAUGGUAGUCCUAGUGGUAUGGUCUACAGCCACACAAAAGCUCCAGAAGCUAUGUUGCCGUUUAAGGUUGAUGCUAUAUCAUCUUCUGGAGCAAUUGCUGACGGUUUGACUGUAAAGACAUCAUCUAACCUGCCCACAGGUAUCCGAAAGAAUCCAGUAAGUCGACCUGUUAGGCAUCUUGGUCCACCACCUGGUUUUAGCCCUGUUCCUCCUAAAAAUGUGAAUGAAUCGAUUUAUGGCUCCGACUCAAUGAGUGAGAAUCUACUGAUGGACGAUUACAGCUGGUUGGAUGGAUAUCAGAUGCCAUCUUCAACAAAAGGAAAUGGGCUCAAUAGCUCCAUUAAUAUCUCAUCUCAUUCAAAUCCCAAUCGCUUCAUUAACAGCAAUGGCUUGAAUGGGCCAGUGAACUUUCCCUUUCCUGGUAAACAGGGUCCACCUAUGCAACUCCAAGGCGAAAAACAGAAAAGCUGGCAAGAUUUUCAGAUGCUCGAUGAGCUCAAACUACACCAUGAAAUGCAGCUGCAGCAACAACAACUUGUAAAUGGAAAUCAGCACUUGACUCCUCAGCCUGAGCAAUAUCAAGGACAGUCUGCUUGGACAGGCCGUUAUUUUGUGUGA